UGUAAAAGAGUUAAGCAUUUGUCAAGUUAAAGACUUCUGAGAUCAGUUAGCAUAAUCUUAUUUUCUUUUCCACUUCUAGAAGCGGCGAGUUUUGAAUUUACUUGUCGAAAUGUUCUUGACGGUUGUUUUUUGUUUUGUGGUUUUGUUAACACGCAAAUAUAUUGCUGCAAAGAAGAGUGGACCUUACCAUUAUGCUGCUCAGAAUGUUGACAACGUACCUGCAUUCAUCAGGAUUCCCCCCAUUACUCCCUAUCCUUGGGAACUGGCUUACGUGCCUUCCAAAAGUACAGUAGUACAGAAUAUUGUUGAAAAUGUGAAACAAAGUUUACACGUCGAUAUGAAAGUUCUGGGCUUUUCUUUGGAAACAGACUUUGAAGAUUAUGUUAGACAAAUUAAUAACAGUAAGAAAGUUCUGGCCGCUAUUGUUUUUGACCACAACUUCCAAAAUAGCAAUGAUCCCCUGCCACUUCAGGUAAAAUACCACCUGCGUUUUAGUAGUAUUAAAAAAAACAGGAGAUUUAUGUACGAAUUUCAAGAGGAUUCUUGGUUAACAGAUUCUCUCUUUCCAUCCUUCCCUUCUUUGGGACCCAGAAAUCCGCAUGACACACUUGGGGGAAAUCCUGGGUACAUCAGUGAAGGAUUCCUGGCUGUUCAGCAUGCCGUGGAUAAGGCCAUCAUGAAGUAUCAUAACAGAACAGCUGCAGAAGCACUGUUUAAUGAUGUCAGGAUUUUUGUUAGGAGGUUUCCAUACCCAUCAUAUUAUUAUGAUGCCUUCUUUUUAUUUGCUUCCAUUUUCAUACCUUUCAUCGUCGUGUGUAUCUUCUCUAUAAAUCAUCUUACCCUGCUUCAAUCUCUUGUGUGGGAAAAGGCCAAUCGACUGAAGGAAUACCAGCUCAUGAUAGGACUCAGUAAUUGGAUGCUCUGGGCUGCCUAUUUCUUCACAUUCCUAGUCUCGUAUUUGAUUAUCGUCAUUUUUAUAUGCAUAAUUUUCUAUGUUGAGACUGAAUCUGUGCCAGUCUUCCAAUACAGUAGCCCAAUUAUUGUCUUCAUCUUUUUGCUGAUUUAUUCUGUUGCCUCAGUAUGCUUCAGCUUUAUGAUUAGCACAUUUUUCAGUAAUGCUCCCUGCUUGUGGCCUGGGAAAGCAGUGAAGGAUGGCCCAAAGCCUAGGGACCCUGUAUCCAUGCAGGAGACCUGGAGGAAAUUCCUGCCUCCUCGCUUUGUAUCAGCUAUGUAUCUUUUGCAAUAUUUUGCAAAAGCCAUAUUUGUGGGCUUAUCUUCUCCUUCUCUUACCUAUUUCACUGCCACUUUGGGAGGUUUCUGUUUUUUUCUCAGCUAUCUCCCAGCUGCUGACCUGUUAGCCGACUAUGGGAGGCUGACAUUCUUGCAGAAGCUGUUGGGGUGUCUCAGUUCAAAUUAUGCAUUGGCACUGGGAUUUAAAUUCAUAGUUGAAUCAGAAAUGACGAAAACUGGAAUUAAAUGGAAUAAUCUCUUCUCACAAAACGGAUAUGACAACUUUUUAUUUGCCUAUGUUCUGUUAAUGCUACUAAUUGAUGCCUUCUUGUAUGUCCUUGUGGCUUGGUAUAUAGACGCUGUAUGUCCUGGAAAGUAUGGUAUCCCAAAGCCAUGGAACUUUUUCUUGAAGUACUCUUACUGGUCUGGGAAACCAGCUGUGGAAACAUCUGGAUUACAGCAAUUUCAUGAGCCAGUCCAAAGCAAGUAUUUUGAAGCUGAACCUACUGGUUUGGUAACAGGUAUCACAAUCAAACACUUGCACAAGGUAUUCUACCAUAAGGGCACUAUGAAAGUAGCUAUAAAGGAACUGUCUCUAAAUUUGUAUGAAGGGCAGAUCACUGUUCUUCUAGGACACAAUGGGGCAGGAAAAUCCACUACUCUGUCAAUUCUGUCAGGUCUCUAUCCUCCUACUAGUGGACAGGCCUACAUUUAUGGAUAUGACAUCUCAACCCAGAUGACUGAGAUCAGAAAAUCACUGGGGAUAUGUCCCCAACAGAAUUUGUUGUUUGAUUACUUGACAGUGUCAGAACACCUUCAAUUCUAUUGUGCGAUAAAAGGAGUAUCUCAAGAGCAGUGUCUAGAGGAGACUGAACACAUGCUGUCUGCUUUUAACCUGCUGGAAAAGCGUGAUAUGUUUUCAAAGUCACUGAGUGGAGGAAUGCAGCGCAAACUUUCCAUCAUUAUAGCACUUAUAGGGGACUCCAAGGUGGUAAUACUUGAUGAACCAACAUCCGGCAUGGACCCAGCCUCGAGGCAGGCCACCUGGGAUCUCCUUCAGAACUAUAAAGAGAACCGUACCAUGUUACUGACCACCCACUACAUGGAUGAAGCUGACGUUCUGGGUGACCGCAUCGCCAUCAUGGUUCAGGGAUACUUGCGGUGCUAUGGAUCUUCAAUUUUCCUGAAAAAAUUAUAUGGUGUGGGAUACCACAUAGUCAUGGUGAAAGCACCUCAUUGUGAUGUUGAAGAAGUUACAAAAUUGAUUCAUAAUUAUGUGCCAGUAGCUACAAUGAAGAGCAACGUUGGAACUGAACUGUCAUUUAUUCUACCCCAAGAGUAUAUAUACAGGUUUGAAGCUCUGUUUACUAAUCUGGAAAGGAAACAGGCAGAACUGGGUAUUGCUAGCUUUGGUGUCUCUAUCACCACCAUGGAAGAAGUCUUCCUCAGGGUCAGUCAGAUGGAAAAUGUACCAGCAGAUACCCAAGCUGUGCAACCUUCCUCCCAAGAGGUUCAACCCACCACGAACUGGAAUAGGAAUGCAUCAGAAGUCAGAGAAGUGCAUUCUUCCAUGCCGCAGGAAAUCUCUGUUACGUUUAAUACUGGGUGUCAGCUUUAUUGCCAACAGUUUCGUGCCAUGUUCUUAAAGAGAAUGAUGUUCAGUCGGCGCAACUGGAAACUAGUGUUGUUACAGACACUGGGACUUGUAGCUUCCUUUGCCUUUAUGUUUGAGAUUGGUAAGCCUUCAAGUGCUGAUGAGAAUGCCAGAGAAAUGAAUCUGGGUGACUAUGGUCGGACCACUGUGCCUUUUUCCAUUUCUGGAAAUUCAAAUUUCACUACAGAUUUCUUAAAACUUCUUGACAGUAAGCUAACGUCUGAAAACCAGGAACUUAAAGAAGUCAAAGGUAACCUACUGAAUUACUUGAUGGAAAAUAAAGAUAAACGUGUAUGCAUUAUUGCAUUUUCCAUUGACAUUAAAGAAAGUCAGACAAUAUUCACUGCUCUGUUCAACAAUGAAGCAUACCAUUCACCCUCUCUGGCCUUAGCAGUGUUAGACAACGUUCUAUUCAUGUCACUUUUUGGCAAGAAUGCUUCAUUAACAAUCUCCAAUAAGCCUCAGCCACGCCGUAGCAUUAUAAAUAAGGAAAAGCGACGAUUAGAAAAUGGAAAUGUGGUGGCCUCAAAUAUGCAACUUGGCAUAGCUAUUAUGAUCAGUGGAUUUUGUCUCCUAACAGUGACUGAGAGAAUCUCCAAGGCAAAGCAGAUCCAAUUUUUGAGUGGAACCUCUGUCUUAGUGUACUGGAUUUCUGCCUUAUUGUAUGAUUUCAUCAUCUUCCUCAUUUCUAUCUUAUUACUGCUGAUUGCAUUCAGAUACUACAGACUUAAUAUUUACAUCACGGAAUACCACAUUCUGGAAACAAUGCUGAUCUUCAUAUUGUUUGGCUGGUCUGCCAUCCCCUCCAUCUAUGUGUUGAGCUUCCUGUUUACUGGAGCAGCUUCUGCCUACAUCAAACUAAUCCUGCUCAACUACUUUUCAGGCACUCUUUGUGUUCUCAUAGACAGCACGGUAGAUUACAUGGGAAGAUUGUCAAACAACACCAAAAAGCUGCUACGCGAGUCAUUCCAUUUAUUUCCCAGUUACAACCUUGCCAAGUGCAUAGGAGAAUAUACCAGAAUCUACAGAUUGAAGAUACUGUGCCUCUCUCAAAAGACUCCUUCUACCAUACUUGAUUGUAGUAAAGAAAACACUGAAAAGAAUAUUUAUUCUUUGGAAAAGGGUAUGCUUGGAAAGUAUUUUAUUAUUAUGGGAAUUACAGGCUUAAUUUUACUUCUCCUGCUUUUACUUUGCGAGACUACUUGUUGGAGAGUAAGAGCAUUUCUCAAUCAACAAGUUUUCUUUAGAAUCUAUAAGAUACUCAAGAAGAAUAUAGUGACCAAUGAACUAUCUGGAAAAUCUGAAGAUGAGGAUGUACAGAAUGAGAGAACUGCAAUAUUAGAGCAUCCUGAAAGGUUUCUGAAUUCCAUGGUUCUUAUUAAAGAACUCACAAAGAUAUACUUUAGUUAUACAUCCGUCUUGGCUGUGAGAAACAUCUCUGUUGCAAUCCAAAAGAGAGAGUGCUUCGGCUUGCUUGGAUUCAACGGAGCUGGAAAAACUACCACCUUCGAAAUUUUGACUGGAGAGGAAAGUGCUACCUCUGGGGAUGUGUUGAUUGAUGGUGUUAGCAUCAACAAAAAUAUCCUAAAGGUGAGGUCAAGAAUUGGCUAUUGUCCUCAAUUUGAUGCCUUGCUGGAAUAUAUGACUGCUGAAGAAAUACUGAUAAUGUAUGCCAGAGUUUGGGGAGUCUCUGAGUCCCAUAUUCAUCUGUAUGUGAACCAAUAUUUGAAUUCAAUGGAACUGGAGCCUCUUGCUAACAAGAUUAUCAGUACCUUUAGUGGAGGAAACAAACGCAGGCUGAGUACUGCUAUCGCCAUAAUGGGAAGAUCCUCAGUCGUCUUCCUGGAUGAGCCAUCAGCCGGCAUGGACCCAGUAGCCCGACGCCUGCUCUGGAAUGCAGUGACCAAGACACGGGAUCAUGGAAAAGCUAUUGUCAUCACCUCACACAGUAUGGAAGAAUGUGAUGCUCUGUGUACCAGGCUAGGCAUCAUGGUAAAGGGGAGGUUCAUGUGCCUGGGCAGCCCUCAACAUCUCAAGAACAAGUUCGGCAAUGUUUACAUCGUGAAGAUCAAGAUCAACAGUGAUGAUGCGUUGGAAAAUGUGAAAAAUUUUAUCAAAACCACAUUUCCAGGUAGUAUCUUGAAGCACCAUAAUCAAAAGAUCCUUAACUACUACAUUCCCAGCAAGGACAGAAGCUGGGGAAAGAUGUUUGGCAUUUUGGAGAACGCCAAAAAGGAAUUGGAUUUAGAAGAUUAUUCUAUCAGCCAGAUCACCCUGGAACAAGUCUUUCUCACCUUUGCUAAUCCAGAAGACGUAGAUGCUUAUGCUCCAAAAAAGAAGCCAUGAUAUACAGUUGCAGUCAGUGACACUUUUAGCUUUCUUAAACUACACCUGACUACAUAGAGAGACAUUUUCUUGUUUGUAUAGCUUGGUAUAAAUAUAUUCAUUUAAUAAAUAUUUUCACGAACAAAAA